GUGCACGAGAUUUUUAAGCUGUUCAUAAUACACUGAACAUAACCUAGAAUUCGAUUCGCGAAUGACGUUACGAAUGCGCUUAUAGCUGAAUGCUACGAAAUAAAUGUAUAUAUGAAACAUUAAGAGAGUAACGCGAGAAAUCUUUACGUAAAAAAGCAUUAAAAAUGAAGUAUUCUACUUCGCCACCGGCAAGUCGAUGUCAUUCGCCUGUUCCGACAGAAUUCUCAUCUUCAUUGCCAAUGCCAAUCGUUUACAGGCAUAAUUGUAUGGGUGCUGCAACAAAAUGUUACAAGUAUUUGAGAAAACUUCUAAAAUUUGAACAAAUGGACUUUGAGUUUGCUGUCUGGCAAAUGAUAUUUUUAUUUGUAGCACCGCAGAAAGUAUAUAGAAACUUCCAAAAUAGAAAACGAACAAAAUCACAAUUUGCAAGAGAUGACCCUGCAUUUUUAGUGCUGGUUACAUGUUGCCUCUGUGUGUCAACCAUUGGUUUUGCUAUAGUAUUAAGCUUGAGAUUCUUCCAAUUUGUAAAGUUGUUAUUUUAUAUGGUUUUCAUCGAUUACAUAGCUGCAGGAUUAUUAAUAGCGACAAUAUUUUGGUUUAUAACCAAUCGAUAUCUCAGGAUAGACAGAACGCAAGAUGUUGAGUGGGGCUAUGCAUUUGAUAUCCAUUUAAAUGCAGUAUUUCCUCCUUUAAUUAUACUUCAUAUCUUACAAUUAUUUCUAUAUAAUGCUUUGAUAAACAAUGAUACUUUCUCUGCACGAUUAGUUGGAAACACUUUUUGGUUUAUAGCUGUCGGUUAUUAUAUUUACAUUACGUUUCUUGGUUAUGCAAAUAUUGAAAUACUUCAUAAAACGCACUUAAUAUUAUCCACAUUACCGAUAAUAUUGUUAAUAUAUAUUAUUACAUUAUGCGCGGGAAUCAACAUUAGUUACUUAGUUAUGGAAUUCUAUCGUUAUCGGGCUUUAUAAAUACGUUUUGUCAUAUGACGGCGAGGUGUCAAAUUUUUAUUAAAUUCGUCUCUUGCAUUAACAUUAAAAUAAUCUGGUUACAUUCAAAUGCGAUAAAAUUUGUAAUAUUUUUAUUUUGCAUUAAAUAUAUUUUUAAUAA